GGCUUCCUGCUGGUACCAUGUUUGAGAUGUCUCCUUAACAACCGAUGCAAGAGUCAAACAGGAGAAGUUUUCUUCGGACAAACGUUUGGAGUCGGAAUGGCUGGGACUGGUGAGGGGAAGAAGGAAGAGGCCGACUACAAGAGACUGCACAGCUUCCCUCUCAUCAGACACACAGACAUGCCAGAGGAAAUGAGGGUUGAGACCAUGGAGUUGUGUGUAACAGCCUGUGAAAAGUUUGCUACCAAUAACGAAAGUGCGGCUAAGAUGAUAAAGGAGUCCAUGGAUAAGAAGUUUGGCAGCUCGUGGCACGUGGUGAUUGGCGAGGGCUUCGGCUUCGAGGUCACACAUGAAGUGAAGAACCUGCUCUACAUGUUUUUCGGUGGGAGCCUGGCUGUCUGCGUGUGGAAGUGCUCUUAGCGGCCCUCUCCCCUGCGUGCCCUUUCGCCCCGCCGACGCGCUCACCGCGCUGGGAAUCGACGGCGGCGGCCCGGACGCCGGCUCCGUUUCACCCGCGGCAGAUCAGUUCGUCCGAGCUACCAGCCGCUGUGGCAGAGAAAGGAAGUGCUUGUUCGUAAAUAAAAUACCGAUCGAUGGGAAUUCGCCUUCCAGGCUUUGACUGCCACUUUGGUCUGAUACAGAUAAAAAAAAAAAAAAA